GAGUCCGUUGACGGCGACGACGACUUGCGAAAGGAAGCAGCAGCAGCAACUGCAGGAACUAAUCCAUAGCGAAGGAGAAGAAGGCCUCGAAAUCCCCGACAGCCUCUCCUCCUCCCUCGCUCGUCCUCCUACUCCUCGUCCUCGAUCGGACCCGUCGGAAAGAGUUGUGGUCUUGUGAAGACGUUGGAUGGACAAAUUAAGUGCUUCUCUGCCCCCAGGGUUUGGCUUCCAUCCGACAGAUGUUGAACUUAUCUCUCACUAUUUGAAGAGGAAAAUACUAGGACACAAAUUUGAUGAACUUAUACCAGAAUUGGACAUAUAUAAGCAUGAACCAUGGGACCUACCUGCAAAAUGUCGUCUGCCCACCAGAGAUAGCAAAUGGCACUUUUUCAAUUUACGUGACAGAAAGUACCCUAAUGGUUCUCGCUCAAACAGGGCCACAGAAGAAGGUUAUUGGAAAUCCACUGGGAGAGAUCGGAAUGUCAAGUUCCAAAAUCGAGUUAUAGGAACCAAGAAAACUUUAGUAUUUCAUGAAGGUCGGCCUCCUCGUGGAAAACAUACUGAUUGGAUUAUGCAUGAAUAUUAUAUAGAUGAAAAAGAAUGUAAAGCUGCCCCUGGUUUGAAGGAUGCUUUUGUUCUUUGUCGUGUUACCAAGAGGAAUGGUUGGCAAGUAGAAAUUGAGAAGAUUGAACCAAUGGGAUGCAAGGAAUCUAGUCACUCAGGCGAGAUAGAUGACAUAAAUGCAUGGGUUGCUGAGCUCUUUGAUCCCGACUUCGGCGCUCCCGUUAAUGACUUCAACACUCCCUCUACUGACUUUGGCACUUCCUCUAAUAUGCUAGAGCAUGAAGCAGAGAUUUCACAGACAGAUCUCAGGUCUCUUCUGCCAAAGCAGGAGCCAGUGGAUCAUUAUCUUGACCAAAGUGCUGAAGGUGAUCUUGACUACCUAUUAGAAGGUGACAUCUAUAAUAUCUUACAGUCUGAUAGCGUACUUUGGGAGUCCAAUGGAACCAUAGAUACUGCAUUCACUACUGAAAGCAGUUCUCCUGAUGGAAAUGCUGGUAAAGAGAACUUUACAUCAUUUGGUCACAAUGAUACCGGAAUUCAGAUUCGGCCACGCCGUGCAGGACCUGCAGCUGAGCUUACCUCAAAAAAGAUCAGACUUCAGGUUAGCAAGAUGGAAUCGAGGGGUUCUGCAUCAGUCAACCACACUGUCAAGAUUGACAAAGAAGAUCGUCAUCUUGAUCUGAAAAAAAGUCACAACACUGAUUUCAGUGCAUUUGACCAAGAAUCUGCAGUUGGAAAGCUGUCAGUUUGUUUUCAUCGGGCUGAUGCAAAAUCAAAUCCAAGCUCUGGUUCCAAUCUUCCAUGUUCAGUUGCAUCUAGGUCCCUACUGGGGGCAAGACCAGCAACUGAUGUUACUCUUCAGAAGUCUACCGGUGCACUUGAUGAUGCCAGCUGCAUUCGAGGAAUUCUCAGGAGCCUGGGAAUGGCUGUACGUGCACUUCCAUCAGCUGGGUGGAACUGCUUCAUCCUCAGUGGUUGCAUCAUUGGAAUUGCUGCCCUUUUAAUAUGUCUUCUGCUGCGUGAUGCUCGAGGUUUCCUUGCUAGCUUCUCAUCUCUUUGGUUGUAAGACAUGAAACAAAGCUCAUUGUUCUGUUUGGAUUUCUACUUAUGGAGGAGGUUUACAGAGGCAGUUCAGUGUUUUACUUGGAUUACUACUUAUGUAGGUUUACAGAAGCAGUUCUUUUUCAAAUUUGACUUGUUUGAAGAGAAGCUCUGAUUUUGCUCCUCGCCAUCGAGUUACGCAUAUUCAUGUACAGAAGUAGGUCAUUUAUAUUUACUCCUAGGUGAUAACGAUGGAGGAUGUCUUUUGUGACUGAUGCUUUGUCCAUAGUAAAUGUGGACCUGACCUUUGUAAAUUCAUCCUUCUUGAAAAUAGUUUCAUCUGUUUUGUUUGUUGAACAAAUAUUUUUAUGGAUAUCAUAUUUAUGUCAUA